UUGGACCCACCCACAUUACAUCUCUUCUCUCUCUCUCUCCGACCUCUACUUUGGGGAUUUCCUGGUGCGUGCGGUCUCUCCCCAUUGGCCGUCGGUUCCCAAUAGACGACGACGAAGAAGAAGAAGCUUCCUCGCUAUUCUCACCAAGUUUUAACAGCUCCCGCCCUCGCCCUCGCCCUCCAGGGUUGGUUGUUGCCAAACGGCAUCAGGAUACAGAGGUUCACGUUCAAUUGAAUUUGAAGCUACGGGCGUUCGUUCGUUGGUUGGUUGUUAAAGAUAUGCCUCCGAUUCGACGAAGAAGGACAUCAUCCAAGGCAUCUGAAAAUGAAAUAUCCGAGGCAGAGAUUUCUUCUACAAAACCACCUCUCGACGAUUAUAACGCCGCCGAGGAUAGUAAUAAUGACAAGGGCAAGAAAUUCAGAGAAACGAAGAAGAAGAAAAGGGCCGACGCCAAGGGACAGAAAUGGUCAUGUAUAGACAGUUGCUGCUGGUUGGUCGGAUGCAUAUGUACAAUAUGGUGGAUCCUUUUGUUUUUAUACAAUGCCAUGCCGGCGUCCUUCCCGCAGUACGUCACGGAAGCUAUUACCGGACCCAUGCCUGAUCCUCCCGGCGUCAAGCUGUUCAAGGAGGGACUAAGAGCAAAACAUCCCGUCGUCUUCGUGCCGGGAAUCGUCACCGGAGGGCUCGAGCUCUGGGAGGGGCAUCAUUGCAUGGAAGGAUUGUUCAGGAAGCGCCUCUGGGGUGGCACCUUUGGAGAAGUUUAUAGAAGACCCUUGUGUUGGGUGGAACAUAUGUCUUUGGACAAUGAAACCGGUUUAGAUCCCCUUGAUAUAAGGGUCAGGCCUGUAUCUGGACUUGUCGCGGCAGAUUAUUUUGCUCCAGGAUAUUUUGUUUGGGCAGUUCUGAUAGCAAACUUGGCUCGAAUUGGUUAUGAGGAAAAAACUAUGUAUAUGGCUGCUUAUGACUGGAGACUCUCUUUUCAGAACACUGAGGUGCGUGAUCAAACAUUAAGCCGAAUCAAAAGUAACAUUGAACUCAUGGUUGCUACAAAUGGUGGAAAUAAGGCAGUCAUUAUUCCACAUUCUAUGGGUGUCUUGUAUUUUUUGCAUUUCAUGAAGUGGGUGGAGGCACCAGCUCCAAUGGGUGGAGGGGGUGGGUCAGAUUGGUGUGCUAAACAUAUAAAGGCAGUAGUGAACAUCGGAGGACCAUUUUUAGGUGUCCCAAAAGCUGUUUCAGGUCUUUUCUCUGCUGAAGCCAAGGAUAUUGCAGUUGCCAGAGCAAUUGCACCUGGGGUUUUGGAUAAGGAUUUAUUUGGUCUUCAAACUCUACAGCAUAUAAUGAGGAUGUCGCGUACGUGGGAUUCAACUAUGUCCAUGAUUCCUAAAGGUGGAGACACCAUUUGGGGUGGCGUUGACUGGGCUCCUGAAGAAGGUCAUGUCCCUAACAAGAGAAGGCAAAAAAUCAAUACAUCUGAAGAGUCAGGUCAGAAUGAAACCAAUGAUGAUAUCUCGCCAGCAAAAUCCGCUAACUAUGGAAGGAUGGUAUCAUUUGGGCAGGCUGUAGCUGAGGCGCCUGUAUCAGAGAUUGAGAGAAUUGACUUUAGGGGCGCUGUUAAGGGUAACAAUCUGGCAAAUAACACCUGCCGUGAUGUGUGGACAGAAUAUCAUGACAUGGGAAUUGGAGGUAUUAAAGCUGUUGCAGAAUACAAGGUUUAUACGGCUGGAGAUAUUCUUGAUUUACUUCACUUUGUUGCGCCAAAAAUGAUGGACCGUGGUAGUGCACAUUUCUCGUAUGGGAUAGCUGAUGAUCUGGAUGACCCAAAAUACGAGCAUUACAAAUAUUGGUCAAACCCACUUGAAACAAAAUUACCAGAGGCUCCAGAUAUGGAAAUCUUCACAAUGUAUGGUGUUGGCAUCCCCACGGAAAGAGCUUAUGUUUACAGGCUUACUCCUUCGGCAGACUGCUACAUUCCAUUCCAGAUUGAUGUUUCAGCAUAUAGUUGUGAAAAUGGGGGGGAUAGCUGUCUGAAAGGUGGGGUUUUUACAGUGGAGGGAGACGAAACUGUUCCUGCUUUAAGUGCAGGAUUCAUGUGUGCAAAAGGUUGGAGGGGAAAAACCAGAUUUAAUCCUUCAGGAAUUCCAACUUAUGUCCGGGAAUAUGACCAUUCUCCUCCUUCCAAUCUUCUAGAAGGACGUGGGACCCAGAGUGGGGCUCAUGUAGAUAUAAUGGGGAAUUUUGCGUUGAUUGAGGACAUCAUAAGGAUAGCUGCUGGUGCUUCUGGAAAUGAUUUGGGUGGCGAUCAGGUCUACACUGACAUCUUCGAAUGGUCCAAGAAAAUAGAUUUGAAACUCUAAUAUUAAGACUAGCAACAAGUUUGGAGUUUAUUUACAGCAGUUAUCAAUUCGUGGGAGGGGCAAAAAUUCCUUAAGCCAUUGCUAAGCAAACAUGUGAAGGGCAUUAUUCAACUCAACGCUGCAUUCCCACCGGGGUUUGGAUGCAUGUUGUUUGUUUCUGUUACAAAAUGUAAUCCAACACUUCCUAUAUUUUUUUUUCUUUUAAGAUGGGAUUAUCUUAUUUUAAAUUAUCCCAAAGAACCUGUAAUAUUAACAAUCCUUAAAGUGUACCAUAAGCUGUUUGGAUAACUGUAUUUUAGGCAUUAAUGUCAAUGUUAAAAUCUUGGGCUGGUCAUUGAAAUUUCAUGUGAUGCUAUCAUUGUUAUCCA